UACAAUGUUGCGAACAAAACGAAUCGUUUCUCAAUAUUUCGAUAUUUAUUAUUUGUUAUAUCACAUCUCUGUAUGUUACAAACGAAGCAAAGACAAUGUCAUAAAUAUUAAAACGUUUCGUAAUUACGAGUCAUGUGGGAGCAAACGUAGAAUUGAGAAUGUAUUAGCAUUAUUGCCACUUGGGCUAACACAAUCUAGCUUGUGAAUCUAGCGCAUUCAAGCACGUACAUGAUUACGAAUAUGUUUAUCAAAACUUGUUUCUUCGUUUCUCUGAUAAACGCGAGUGUUAGUGUGUAUACGACAAUCAACAGUAAGACUUCUAAUGUUACAUUCAAGUAUAUGAAGGGAGUUGAAGGGGAGAGCGAUUUACAUAAUUGUAAACCGUAUGAGGUAUGCAACGUUAUUCACGAUCGAUUUUGGAUGCCUAGUUUGACAGAGAGAUUUUGCCACUGUCCUAAUGGAAGGGAAUGUCCGUGGCAAUGGACGAAAACUUUUGAUAAUUCAACUAUGCUCCUUAAUAAUAGAUCCGUCUUGAAGUUUUGCACGCAAUUAAUAGAACUGGAGACAUGCACGCAUAAACAAGAAGCUGUAAUAGUGCAUGCGGAAGGUAAUAACAGCUAUAUAAUACCGCACAAUGUAACAAUAAAUUGCAUAUGUCCACAAACGCAUUAUUGGAAACUGCAAAAAUAUAUAUACGAAGAGUACGGUCUUGUUCAAAUAUUUAGAUGUGUUAAGAAAAGGAUGUGCGAGACCUUGGACUUUUGUGGCUAUAUACGAUCUGAUUUAUUUUCGGCAUAUUAUAGAUGUACAUGUCCAGAAAAGCAUUUAUGCAUUUUUAAGAAUAAGACACAGGUAAAUGUACAUGAAUUGCUCUACACCGGGUCUGCUUAUAUCGCUUAUUGCUAUCGUUUUUAAAUAAACACAAAUACUGACAUUACAAUCUAAUGAAUAUAAG